AUGCACGGAGUAACACUUGCCCCGAGAAUUUCGGGCAAACAUAACCCGGACAGCCAAAAUGAGGCUCACAUCGAGAACCUCGCCAACGCGCUUCCCGGCGUGAACGAGAAAGAUGCCGCCGCCAUCGCCCAGGCCGGUGCCUGGGAAAUUGAUGCUUUUAUCGACAGCAUGGAGCGCGAGCUUGAGGCUGCUGGUGGUUUGAAGAAGGGCUUCUUCCAGCUUGAGUUCUCCGAGACCAAGUACUUCACCUGGCUUAUCAUUGCUUUUGCAUCAAUGGGUGGUCUUCUCUCUGGUCUCGAUCAAUCUCUCAUUUCCGGCGCCAAUCUUUUCCUGCCUGCCGACUUAGGCCUGACAGUCAGACAAAAUUCCCUUGUCAACUCAGGAAUGCCCCUAGGUGCUGUUGGCGGCGCUAUCAUUCUCAGUCCCUGCAAUGAAUACCUUGGCAGGAAGAUGUCCAUUAUCAUAUCCUGCAUUCUCUAUACUAUCGGCGCUGCUCUCUGCGCCGGCGCCCAGAACUUUGGUAUGAUUGUCGCUGCACGAGUUAUCCUGGGUCUGGGUGUCGGUCUUGAGGGCGGUACCGUCCCUGUAUACGUCGCCGAGACAGCCGAGCGAAGAAUCCGUGGAAAUGUCGUCUCUCUCUAUCAGCUCAACAUUGCACUUGGUGAGGUCCUUGGCUACGCCGUCGCCGCCAUUUUCAUUCACGUCCCUGGCAACUGGCGUUGGAUCCUCGGUUCUUCUCUCGUCUUCUCUACCAUCAUGUUCGCCGGCAUGCUCUUCCUUCCCGAGUCUCCUCGUUACCUGAUGCACAAGGGCAGGACUCUGGACGCAUACAAGGUGUGGAAGCGCAUUCGCGGCAUCACUACGCCAGAGGCCAAGGAGGAGUUCUUCAUCAUGAAGGUGUCUGUUCUGGAUGAGAAGCAGGUCAUCGCCGAAGGUGCCAAGAACAAGCGCUACCCUUGGAUGGACUUCUUCACCGUCCCUCGUGCCCGCCGCGCCUUGAUCUACGCCAACAUCAUGAUUCUCCUCGGCCAACUUACCGGAGUCAACGCCAUCAUGUACUACAUGUCCAUCCUCAUGCAGCAGAUUGGCUUCAACGACGAGAAAGCGACUUACAUGUCUCUUGUUGGCGGUGGCUCUCUGCUCAUUGGUACCAUCCCGGCUUGCUUUUACAUGGAGAAGUUUGGUCGUCGCUUCUGGGCCAACGCUAUGCUUCCCGGCUUCUUCGUCGGUCUCAUCGUCAUUGGCGUUAGCUACCAGAUCCCCACCACAUCCAACACGACCGGUGCCGUAGCCUGCUACCUCGUUGGGCUUGCACUGUACAUGGGCUUCUUCGGCUGCUAUGCCUGUCUCACCUGGGUUGUUCCCUCCGAGGUUUAUCCUACUUACCUUCGAUCCUACGGCAUGACAACUUCUUCCGGCCUGCUUUUCCUGUCUUCGUUCAUUGUCACCUACAACUUCUCCGCCAUGCAGGAUGCUAUGACCCGUACCGGUCUGACCCUUGGCUUCUAUGGUGGAAUUGCCAUUCUGGGUUGGUUCUAUCAGAUUCUGUUUAUGCCAGAGACUAAAGAUAAGACCCUGGAGGAGAUCGACCUUCUCUUCGAGAAGCCAACUCGGGAGAUUGUUGCCCUUAACGUCAAGAACACUGUUGAAAGCUGCGGCAACUUUUUCAGAGGUCGCUGGAGCAGCAGCGCUGGACCCGCGCAAGAAUCUGAUGUCCUCGAAAAGAACAAGGACAUUAUUGCCUAA